GGGCGGGCAGGCUGGGAGCCGCAGCCGCCCCGGCCCAUCGGGCUCCGAGCGGCGCGGGCAGCGCCCCAGGGCCGCUGCUCCUGGUCCCGCCCUGGAUCUCGCCAUGUCUGCGGCACAGCCGGCCGACACCCCGGACCCGGGAGAGGCUGGGACAUGCCCGGAGGACGUCCCCUCCAUCAAGGAAAUCGAGCAGCUGCUGAGCACUGGGCGGCCCUCUUGUAACCACGUUGAUGAAGUUUGGCCUAAUCUCUUCUUAGGGGACCUAGUAACAGCGCACAAUAGAUUUGUUUUGUGGAAGAUGGGUGUGACCCAUGUUUUAAAUGCCGCCCAUGGCACAGCAUACAGCCACGGAGGCCAGGACUUUUAUGGAGCAACCAUUGAUUACUAUGGUGUACCAGCCCAUGACCUGCCAAGCUUUGAUAUCAGCCAGUUCUUUUUCUCUGCUGCACAAUUUAUCCACAAUGCCUUGAACACGCCAGGAGCCAAAAUAUUGGUACACUGUGCAGUUGGAGUAAGCAGAUCAGCUUCUCUAGUCCUAGCAUAUCUCAUGAUAAAUCACCACCUCCCAUUAGUUGAAGCCAUCAAGACAGUGAAGGAGCAUCGAUGGAUUUCACCCAACCGUGGUUUUCUGAAGCACCUGCGAAACCUGGAUGUUCAGCUAAGGCAAAGGAAGGACUGCUGAACAGGCAACCCUAUCUACUUUCACUUUACUGAGUUUCACCCUUCAGAGCCAUUGUGCAUAUGCAACUUCCCAUGAUCAGUGCACAUUACAAAAAUGAAGAAAAUGAUGCACCAAAAUAAAAGGCCAACAGAAUGGUAAAUGGAUUAAUUCUGAUUGCUCAGUCCCUCCCAAACCAGCCCAGGCAACAGCAGCACUGUAACCACUGCACAGGGUAGAACUGCUGUGCCUUGAGCAGUGCUACUCAGUGAUUCCACUGAAGUGGUUAGGACAGACCCUGGUUUCUGCUCAUGCCAGAGGCAAGUUCAGUGUUUGCAUCUAGCUAUAAAGGAUGUUUGAGUCCCCUUUGCUUGGAAGUGUUAACAGAAUCAUCUUUCUCAGUUGGGUUACAGUUCUCACAGGCAUGUUCUGCUAAGAAAAAUUUUGUGUUUCAGGGUGAUGAUGAGACAAGGGCAGUUUCUUGAGAGCCCAGACACUCGUACAGAAACAUUCCUCUUUUACUGGUCUCCUAAAUAUUGUGGUGUUAUAGAAAGCUGAGACAGCCACAAGACCCACACCAUCAGAAUAAGUGCUUGUGAUGCUUCUGCAGCCUGGGUCAGCAAACCUCAUGAGUCGUUUCUUGUUAAAUAUGUUUUUGAAAAGAUAAUAUAUAUCAUGUAGUAUAUUGAGGACAUUAAAAAGAAUAUGUCAGUUCUUUGAAGCAUUUGUAAGUUGGACUCAUCAGUUUGCUUGCACUCCAAAUUAUCCCAAAUCAGUCACUGGCUUUGGAUCACCUGUGGUUUAAUAUCAGGUAGAGACUAAGCCUACAUCAGUGGCUUGGACUAAUUGAUGCAAAUUAGUUUUAAGCUGUUUUGAAGAUGUCACUUUUCUUGUCACCAGUUAAUCAGUACUUAAACCAAUGUGAUUUUUAAUACAGCAACAGCAUUUGAAAUUCAUGCUACCACUCUGCCUGAAAAUUAGCUUGUUACCUUGUGGUGAACCAUGAAGUGAUAAUCAAAUUUGGUUUUGCCCUUUGCUGCUGGUUGGAUUUAUUGAUUAGUUGACCUUAUAAAGAUUCCCUGUCAGAUUAUGCAAAUACAUUU